UUUAUGACAAUAAGAAAACAUCAAAUUUUAAUACUCUUACGAUAAAUAUAUUAUACAAAACCCUUUCAACGGCCGUAGAAAAUCAGCCGCGCGCAGAUCAUACUUUAAACGAUAUCCAAAAUGGUCAACUUGAUAUUAUUCGCGAUACUUUGGCCUUAGAAAAAUAUCAAACUA